AUGCUCGGCUCCGGCAAAAGCAGCGGUAUGGUGAAUGAGGCCACCAACUUGAAGGCCAACCAGAACCUGACGUCUGCGAUAGCGGAGAUGGGGACGAAGGAAUACAUGAGUAAUCGCGACAUGGACGAUGUUGUCCCCACUCACCGCCGCCGGAUGGAAGAGAAGCCGCGGGAUAACGGUGUGCCUGUGUACGACCCCGUCGCCGAAAAGGAGCGGGAGAAGCAGGAGCGCGGAGCCGUGCCCCGAGACAUCGUCGAACGCGAUGAUGACGAUGAUGACGCGGAACUGCUGGAGCUCCGCCGCAGACGUGUGGCGCAGAUGCAGCGGCAGCAGACAAAAGAGGUGGAGUGGCGUCAAAAACAACAUGGCGAGUACCGUGAGAUAUCACAAGAUGAGUUUUUUGGCAUUGUGGUGCGGGAGAAGGGCGGUAGUGAUGACGUCUGCGUGCACUUUUAUCACAAGGACUUUGAAACAUGUCGUGUGGUGGACUACCGUCUCUCAGAGUUGGCGCGAACAGUGUUAAGCGUGAAGUUUGUAAAAAUAGACGCAGAGAAGUCGCCGUUCCUCGUGGAACGACUGCGCAUUAAGACACUGCCGUGCUGUGUGCUGUUCCACAACGACGUGGCGGUGGACCGGAUUUACGGCUUUGACGGCUGCAUGACGGAGGACGGAACACUCGACCCCGUCUUGCUACGCGACCGCAUUGUGCGCGCCACUAACCCCGGACCAGAGGAGUGA